AUGGAUCUGGCUUAUGAUCAUAUCACAGAAGAUGGCUACGCUAAGAAGACGGAGGAGCCAAAGAGUCCUCAACCUCAGUCAACAUUGAAUGAGGACCUCCAAGACGCAUACAAGGCCUUUUCCAACAGUCCAUGGGGUGCCAGGAUUGGUGGCUUCUUUGGAAACGUUGUGAAGCAGGGCGAAUCAGUAUAUACACAAGCCUCCAAGGAGUUGGCGGAAGUAGGUGAAGAUGCAUCAAAGGGACUUACUGGCCUUCGAUCAACAAUUCUAAGCCAUACGAGGAACCUUUCACUCAACACCGUGGUUGGCGGCGAAAGCUCCAGGGACGGUGAGAAUGAUCAGGCCACCACACCUAGGGCAUCACAAGAUGGUUCAUCAGAGGCCAAGCAGUCCGAGAACACCCUGGCUCGGCUCAGAGCUGAAGCUGCCAAGAGGUUAAAGGACCUCCAGAAAGCCGAGGAUGCCGCCGAUGAGGCCCUUAUCAAGUUUGGCGGCAAUAUCCGGAACUUCCUUCGUGAUGCCGUCAGUAUUGCACCUCCACAGGAGUCCGACCAGAGCGGCACUGUUCUCUUCGAGAGUAAGGAUGCUCAAGGCAAGCGUGUGAUUCAUACAUCAAGAUUUGAUGCUCAACUACAUGUUAUUCACACAUCGACGGAGAGUUUCACAAAAGAUCCCAAUAGUGCUGAUUAUGCAGCGUGGUCAAAGGAUUUUGAUGCUGAUAAGAAAACACCUGAAAUCAACGAUGAUCUACAGAAAUUUCCCGACUUGCGAGCUACUAUGGAGAGGUUGGUUCCUGACCAGGUUCCCUACGUUGACUUCUGGAAGCGCUACUACUUCCUUCGCCACGGUAUUGAGACAGCUGAGGCUAGACGACGAGAUCUCCUCAAGGCUGCCUCCGCUGAGGAUGAUGUCGCCUGGAGUGAUGACGAUUCCGACGAGGAUGACUCUGAGGCCUCCGAUGAUACCAGUACACCCGCGGCCAAGUCCAAGGUUGAGACCAAGGUAGAGACAAAGGUUGAAUCCAAAGACGAGCCCAAGACUACCCCUGCUGCCCCCUCCACCACCGCCCCCUCUGCCACCACUGCCCCCUCUGCUACCACUGCCGCCACUACGCAACCUGCAAAAACCACGUUGAAGCCAGCUGAGCCCCGCAAGUCAAACGACGAGAAGUCACAGGCGGAUAGUGAGGCUAGCUACGAUGUUGUCGGUGCAGCAUCUGGUAAGACAACACAGACUCCCAAUAGCCCCAAGGAUCCUAAGGACGCCAAGAAGAAGGAGGAGGAAAGCAGUGAUGAGGAAGAUGAUAGUGACGAAGACGACUCAGAUAGCGAUGAGGACUGGGAAUAG